AUGACAGGGAAGGAGGGAGUUGUGCUUUCAGACACCGAGAACAAACAGAAAUCAGCUUCUCAAACCAGCGUGAACCACGGGGGAUCCCAGCAGCCGCCUCCUGUCUGGAAGAUGGCCCCCACGGUGCACCGGCGCACAGGUUUUGGGAUCCAGGAGCUGCUCGGCCUCAACAAGGAGCCGCCGGCGGCACCGAGGCGGCCGCUGGAGGCUCUGCCGCACAGGGCGCACGUCCUGGCCGCAAGGUCGGCCCUCGGUCACGGUGGGCUCGGGGUCGGCAUGGGUUUGCUGGGACCAGAGGGAAUACACUCGUUUUAUAGUCAGCCUGCUUUUCUGGAGGUGCUGUCAGAGGCGCAAAAUGUGCACCUGCAGCCUCUGCACAGAGCGGCGCACAUGGAGGCGCAGAUGGAUGCACAGCACUCCGCCAGCUCCGAUUCUGACGAUAUGAGUUUCUCCUCCGGUGAUCAGAAAUUCUCAAAAUCAUCCCUGAGUCAGAGCAAGAAAAGAAAGAAACGACGACACAGAACCAUUUUCACGUCCUAUCAGCUGGAGGAGCUGGAGAAAGCUUUUAAUGAAGCUCACUACCCUGACGUAUACGCCCGAGAAAUGCUCUCCAUGAAGACUGAGCUACCAGAGGACAGAAUACAGGUGUGGUUUCAGAACCGCAGGGCCAAGUGGCGGAAAAGGGAGAAGUGUUGGGGUCGCAGCAGUGUGAUGGCGGAGUACGGCCUGUACGGAGCCAUGGUCCGUCACUCCAUCCCCCUGCCCGAGUCCAUCCUCAAGUCUGCCAAGGACGGCGUCACAGACUCUUAUGCUCCGUGGUUACUGGGUAUGCACAAGAAGUCAGUGGAAACCACGCACACUUCUCCAGGCAAAACUAGCAGCACAACCCCAACACCAGCACAGGAGAAACCAGUUGACAGAGAGAUGGAGGAAGAGAAGGAGCAAGAGAGGAAAGACACUAACUCCCCAAUUUCUAAAGAGGAACUGAGGGAGAACAGUAUUGCUGCACUGCGAGCGAAGGCGCAGGAGCACAGCGCUAAGAUGCUUGGGACAGUUUCAAACAGAACAAACGGCCACAUAACGCACAAAGAGGAAGCUGACGAUCAUGUGACAGAGCAGGAAACAGCAGAGGAGGAGAAGAGAAACUGAACAGGGCUGCAGGAUACAGACUGAUGGUGAAAUCCCUGCAAAGUGGAGUUUGCAAACACUUCUCAAAGGGAGAGGUCUUCUUUUAUUGGCUGAGCUGAACCUCG